GUUCUCUGUAAGAUGCUGGAAGCUAACCCUGACGCUAAGAGGCUCUACGAUGAUCUUAUAUCCCCCUACAAUAAGUUGGUUCGACCUGUGCUGAACGUUAGUGAAGCCCUGAACGUUCGAAUAAAGCUGAAACUAUCGCAGUUAAUUGAAGUGAACCUAAAGGAACAAAUAAUGACAACGAAUGUUUGGGUGGAACAGUACUGGGAGGACUACAAGCUUAAGUGGGAUCCAAGAGAAUACGGAGGGGUAGACAUGUUGCACGUGCCUUCUGAUCACAUCUGGCGACCUGAUAUUGUUUUGUAUAAUAAUGCAGAUGGUAACUUUGAAGUUACUCUAACCACGAAGGCCCAAGUAAAUUUCAAAGGUCUGAUUGAAUGGAAGCCUCCAGCUAUCUAUAAAAGUUCGUGCAUCAUCGACGUUGAGUACUUCCCUUUUGACAAACAAACCUGUGUCAUGAAAUUUGGAUCUUGGACUUACGAUGGGUUUAAAGUAGACCUGCGACACAAGGAAGAAAUUCAAGGGACAAAUCGGGUCGAGAUUGGGAUUGACUUGAGUGAGUUCUACCUGAGCGUGGAAUGGGACGUACUGGAAGUUCCGGCUGUUCGCAACGAAAAGUACUACACGUGCUGUGAGGAACCCUACAUUGACAUCACUUUCAACAUCAGCAUGCGAAGGAAGACAUUGUUCUACACCGUCAACCUUAUUAUCCCCUGUAUGGGGAUUUCUUUUCUGACUGUCCUGGUGUUUUACCUGCCAUCUGACAGCGGGGAAAAAGUGACACUCAGUAUUUCCAUCCUGUUGGCACUGACAGUGUUCUUCCUUCUUCUGGCGGAAAUCAUUCCACCCACGUCGUUAACUGUGCCUUUGUUGGGCAAGUACCUGCUCUUCACCAUGAUUCUCGUCACCCUGUCUAUCUGCGUUACCGUUGUGGUACUAAAUGUGCACUUUCGCACGAGAUCCACCCACCGCAUGAAGCCUUGGGUGAAGCAUGUCUUUAUGCAGAUGUUGCCUCGCCUUCUCCUCAUCAGGAGACCGUCGGAUAAUUCCACCGACUCAAGGAAGGUCAUGAUUCGGACCUGCAACGGUACAGAACUCCGUGAUUACAAUUCACAAAGGGAUUCGUUUCCUCGAAGAAACAGUUACGACACUGAAUAUGCCCCCGAACUCAAUUAUACCGGUUGUCGAAUACACGGUCCUAGUGUUCGUUCUCUUGCAACGAUGGGGAGCCCUAUGACGUCAGAACAAGCUAUAAUUCAGGAGCAGGAGAGAACUCCUCCAGGAGUCAGAAGACUACAUUUUUGUCCCGAGUUUGAAAGAGCAAUGGAGUCUGUCCACUUUAUAGCAGAUCACACGCGACGAUAUGAAGAACAUAUAUCUAUGAAAGAGGAUUGGAAGUAUGUUGCCAUGGUUUUGGACCGCCUAUUUCUUUGGAUCUUCACAGUAGCUGUCCUCGUAGGCACGUGUGGUAUCAUUCUCCAUGCGCCAACGCUUUAUGACAACCAGGAGCCAAUUGAUGUAAAGCAUUCAGAGGUUGCUAUUUCAACUAAACAUCAUAAGUUAUUUUAUUCGUGAGCUAAAUAAUAGAAAUGUUUUCAGUUCGUGUUGGAAUAGAACUUAGCAAGUUCAACUUUGAAUAUCAUACAACUGAGCCGAAGAUAAGUCAUUAUUUAAUGUCUUAGUUCGAAAGUUACCAAGCGAGUCUAAUGUGCUUAUCUAAUCAAAGAUAAUACAUGAAUCGUUUAGGAUGCUGUUGAUUGUGCUUCCAACAUUUUGGGAGAAAGGUCAUCAUUGCACAUAAACUCUUGUAUGGUUAAAGAAAUUUUCAUUCUAAUUUAUAAUAGACUGUCAAGAUACGCCUGAUUGUGGAUAAUGUGUUAUUACAUGUGGAAUUAAACGAACGAAUGAAGUAUUACUAUUAUGGUUUUAGGACUAUCUGCCAACUGAAGAAUAUAGAUUAUUCAAAAAAAAACAUUUAACGAAAUAAAAAAAAAACAAGGUUCUAUAUUAAUGAUUGUUUUAUUACGUAUGUUACUAUGUGAUUAGGAUAAUUUGACUCUAACGUCCUAAAAGCUGCUCAAUGCUUAUUUGGAUCUAUCUAUCAUAGGUGAUUGAAUAUAUUUUACUUUGCACUGAAUAUCGAUUAGUAUAAACGGUUCAGUUAACCAUGAGUGGCUGAAUAUCGUACAAUGUGUAAAAAAAAAAGAAGAAGUUAAUGC